AUGUUAAUCCCAGUUAAAUUUGGUGAAGUCCAAAAGUACAUCGCACUGGUUCCAAGUGAUGAUGGCUGUAGCGACUUUGACACGUUCCAUCAGAAAGUCACGGAGAAGCUCGGCCUUCCACUCGGAACACAGCUGCACUUGACGGAUGAAACGGGCACAGAAGUGGAGGCAGAUGUGUUUGGGGAGCUUUUGGAGAGAAAUUCAACAAUUAUAGUAAGGAGCAAUGGAGGAGAGCACACAGAUUAUGAAAGAGAGAAGGCUAAACAGAUGGCGCUGAAUGCAAUACAGUCAAAAGCAGAAGGACAAGGUCUCAUGGAGGAGUAUUACCAAUCAAAGAAAAUAUCAGAGAAAAAAAGGAUUGUCAUUGUGAAUCAGGUUGUGGCAAAAAUGAUGGAGGAUUAUGGAUUCCUUGAUACACCGGGUCUGAUAGAACAAGACUUCGCAAUGAUGUUUGGGGAGGAGGUUUCUAACCGAUUCCUGUCAAAGUGGCCCACUUUCUUUAAAAAUCGGGUCCUGGAGGAGUGUGAGGGCUUGUAUUGCAGUGAUCGUGUGGAUGCACUUUUAACUGAAGAUGGUUGGGAUAGUGACUUGUCCAGUGUGUUGCUUUUAGUACACAUGCUUCCACCUGCUCCCAAAGGCAUCAAGAAAAGUGCUAAAAUUAGCGCUGCACAAGCAAUCAAAAAGCUUGUCCAAUACUUACAGAUAACUCUGUGUUUCUUGCUGAAGUGA